AUGGCGAGUUUCAGCAUCAAAGCCGCCCUGGCCGCGGCAAGCGCCCUCCAGAGCACGAAUCAGGCCAUGAGCGCUAACCUUCGAGAUGCGCUGGCGGGAGAGUCGGAGGAUGGGUGGUCAGACGAGGAAGAGGAGGAGGAGGAAGAUUUCGGCCCGUGUGACCGUGAAACGAGGGAGCGCCCGGACUACAGCUCGAGUGCAUGGGGCGUACGACUGGCUAACUUGGAGAGCCUGCGGAUCGCCGGCAGGCUCGUCCCCUCCAGCAGGGAAGCGAAGGCUUUCCGCUCGGACUUCAGGGUUCCGUACGAGUUUUCCCGGCACUUCGUCGACCUCGUCAGAACCGUCUUCCCGACUGCUACCCGCGACGUUGCCGGGCGCCAGUGUGUUCCCUUGGAGCUCAAGGUUCUCAAAAAGGUCGCGGGGGAGUACGGCGACAUGGGAUGUCCGGGGGCGGUGGCUUCGGUGGACUGCACCCACAUUUCCUGGCCGGCCUGUCCUUUCUCGGAGACUAACACCCACAAGGGCAAGGAGGGUGAUACGACCCUCGUGUACGAAGCGUCCUGCCACCACUCUGGUCGNCCUUUCUCGGAGACUAACACCCACAAGGGCAAGGAGGGUUAUACGACCCUCGUGUACGAAGCGUCCUGCGACCACUCUGGUCGCAUCCUCUCGUCAACGAAGGGGUUCCCUGGGGCUGAAAACGACAAGACCGUGGUGAAGCGCGACCUGUCCGUACUUCGAAUGCGGGAGGAGGAGCCUUGGGCGAGCUACAAGUUCGUUCUCUUCGACCUGGAAGGCAACACUACGGAGCACACGGGAAAAUGGCUGAUCGUGGAUGGGGGGUACCAUCGGGUGAGUUCCGUGUGGGUGUCGUACAUGGCGAGGGUGCAGACUACGAGGGAAAUAUGUACUGGUGCGUAG